AUGAGAGGAUGCUACACGCCUCGGAUGUUGACGUGUCUUCACAGCUUCUGCGACAACUGUGUCAGAAGCGGGAUUGUCAAAAUUUUGCCACCUGAAAAACAAGUACAAAGUACGGAGGAAGCAAACAAAGAUGAAACAGCGGGGCAACAAAAUGGCACUGAUGAGGGCAAAAGUUGUCAAAAUGACAAUAAAACACUGUUUCAGCCCAAACCACUAAAAAAGCCACAGACAUCACAUCAAAAGGUUAUUGUAUGUCCUUUGUGUAAGGAGAGCACGAAAUUGCCUGAGAAUGGUGGUAUCCAUGGACUUCCGGUGAAUGUGUUUUUACAAAGCUUGCUGCUCAUUAAGGGUUACAAAUUGGAGGAGGGCAAACUUUGCGAGUACUGCAGCUAUGAUGGAAAAGAAUCUGUGGGCGGUAGCCUCUGCUUAGAGUGCCAGGAUGUUCUCUGCUCGGACUGCGCUGGUGCACAUCACAGAACAAAGGUCACCAGAGGUCAUCAGGUCGUCCCCUUUGUUGAGAUAGCAAAACACCGAUAUGACCAUGAUGUCCGUGGGGCACAGCGCGUGAAAUGCUCCGAGCACAAAAACUUAGAAACGGAACUGUUUUGUGAAGAAUGCAAAGUGACGAUGUGCAUGGAAUGUAAAGGAAAGCAGCACUAUCAGCAUAGCUACUGGAGUCUUGAAUCUGCUGUGAGGCACUACCACCCUAAGACGAAAAACUUUUUGGGCACAAUAAACAGCAAGCUUCCUUCAAUAGCUGCUUGGAUAAAAUUCAUCCAGUCAUACGAUGAUUCGGUGAAGAUGAUGCGCAAGGAUCGUGUUGUUGAGCUAGAAAACCACUGUCGUGACCUUCACAAGGUCAUCGAAGAGUACAAAUCCAAGCAAUUGGAGAGGAUUAACAAAGUCUGCGAUACGGAAGAGCGAAACACAGCAGUUAAGAUGGAGAAGCUCAUGAGAGCUGCUCAGUAUCUGCACCAUGACGCACAGCUCUUGAAAAAUCUCCUCGCAUUCGGAAAAGUGGACGAACUGUUGUCGCUGCAAGCUCCCAUAGCUCAGCGGGCCGCUCAGCUGUGCAGGCAGCAACUUCCAGGUGUGUCCAGCAAGCUGAGUAUACAAUUCCAGCCAAGCCCUUUGACAAACGAGACGCUGGAUGAGCUGUUUGGAAAACUCAGUGUAUCUUUUUUGCCCCUGACGCAGAAAGAAUCUGUGGAAUUGGGUGGAAACAGCAUGAGUGCGGGUCUGAUGUUGCCGAGCGUGAGCCCAUCCUGUGAGCUUGUAGCGUCAUUUGAUGCAGACUGUGGGACAGACUCCAAGGACGUGUGGCCAAGUGGAGUCUGUAUGACGCUAGAUGGAGACCACGUUAUUAUUGAUCGUGACAACAGGCGAGUAAAAAUAUUUGACAAAUCAGGCGGUGUCAAAGCAAACUUUGCUGGAACAAAGCACAAUGAACUUGGGUGUCCGUUUGAUGUGGCCAUUUUGAAAAACGGCAACUUAGCGGUCACAGACUACGAAAGUGAAGAUGUCAAAAUUUUCAAACCUUCGGGUGAAUUUGUCAAGAACAUCAGGGGUUGUUUUAAAUAUCCACGGGGAAUAGCUGUAACCAGUGAAGGUAACAUCGUUGUUGUUGAUUGUCAUUUUAGAAGGGUCACAAUACACGACCCCAAUACAAGAAAACUGCUGAAAACAAUCGAAGGCAAAGACGAGGAUGGCUGUGACUUUUUCACCGAUCCGUACUAUGUUGCCGUCACUCCCGACGACAAGAUAAUCGUCACUGAUUGGGCAGCUCCAAAUAUCCGCGUCUUCGGCACCGAUGGGAAACAACUCAACAGUUACGGUUCGUACGGUACGCGCCAAGACCAGAUUCUUCACCCAUAUGGCGUCUGCUCUGACGCUUAUGGAUAUAUUUUUGUGGCCGACAAUCAGAAUCAUCGAGUUCACCUGCUGCUACCAGACGGAAACUUCUCACGUCACAUGGUAACAAAGGAGAACAGUUUAUGGCAUCCAAUCGCAAUGACCACAGACAAUUUCGGGAAUCUCAUAGUUACAGAAGCAUUAGGAAAAGUGAGAAUCUACAAGUAUAUGUAA